CUGCCGCACCACCGGCAGAGGCAGAAGUAACGUACGCGCGAGUGUGUUCACUGUGGGUCGUGCUGUUUGAGCCACUGCCUGUUGCGGGCGGUCGCUGGGGCUUGGUGGGGGUGAUAUUGCAUUUUUGUGGCUGCAGCUACAGCUGGACGGUGUGCUGUGGCUUGUCAAGCCUGACGCCAGCCGUGAUGACGAUCCCGCAAGCACUACGGCCACAAGCCAUCAAGAAAAUCGCCAUCAUUGGCAGUGGCUUUGCUGGCAUCGCUGCCGCCCGCUGGCUCAAUCGUGCUGGGCACGAGGUGGAGAUAUUCGAUAAGGGUCGUGCACCUGGCGGACGUGCAGCGACAAGAUGGUCGCCCAAUGGAAUGGCCUUUCACAACUACGGGGCUCCUUGCUUUUCCAUCCCGCUGAGCCCCAUGAGCCUGGACCGCAACUAUCUUCCCGUGCGCGAGUUUGUGCGAUGGCAUCGCUCCAUGCGCGAAUAUCCCAUGAAGCAUGGGCAGAUCCUCACCCGUGAAAAACAGAGUGCCGACGUGGCGCGCUACUUGUUUCCCUAUUGUGUGCCAUUUGCUUACUUUCAUGCCGCCCAAUUGGCCAAGGAAGCCUUUGAAGCCGGCGUCCUGCGACUGCUAUUCUCAGAGGACAUGCCAGAAAACCAGCCUGACCAAGGACACUGGACCUUCUUGCGGCCAGAAAUGUUCCGCGAGUCGCCCGCGAUCCGCGAUCGUAGCCUACCUGUCGUACACUGCAUACCCAUGGAUGGCAAUAUGCGCCAGGAUGAACACACCACCCCUGGACCCAUGUCCAGCUUCCUCGAGUUCUGCCUGGACCCCUUGCCUGCCAGCGCAUUGCGGCAAGGCACCGCUGUUCGCAAGAUUGUGCGCUCGCACCGCCGGGCCGAUGGAGAUGCGAGUUAUGCUCUGCUGUUUGAGAGCAGCUCUCACCCGGGAGAGCUGGAGGAGUCAUCUGAACGCUAUGACGCCGUCGUCGUCACUGUUCCAGCCCCACAGGUUGCCCCGCUGGUUCGAGGCUACUUGCCAACGGAUAGCCCUUUUCUGGAUGAAGAUGCCAUGGCCGCAAUGUACGACUCGAUCGCCACGAUUCGCUUUCAGACCAAUGCGCCCACUGCUGAGACGGUGCAGGCAUUGGGUACAUCGGCUCAUCGCCAGCUCUUUGCAAAUCAAGAUAUUGACCACAUUCCUGAACUCUUUCAAAGAAGUGAUCAAACGGGUGAUCGAACGCAACCGAGCCAACAGCGCGUACACCGCCUGUACUCUUUUCGUGAAUGCUCCGCAUCCAGCUCGCAGAUUCAGUGGGUGGCCCACGCAUCUCCACGCUCGUCGGUGGGCAAAAUGAACCGACGCAAUGAUGUGCUGAUUGAUCACCUCGUCCGAGACGUUACAACGGAAUUUGAGUGUUUUGAUCGCGCCAAGUUAAAGCUACAGAACGUGCAGGGGCAUCGAUGGCGAUAUGGCGUGGUUUCGCAACCCUUUUUGGCUACACCCUCCAGCUAUGACACGGGCGAGGGCGUCAUCUCCGAGGUCUCGCCCGGUGAUGAAAUUCUACAGACGCCCAAAGGAUAUCGGCGCAUUCCCCCGCUCAUCCCCCUUUGGAAGUGCAAGUCUCUAGCCCGCGGCCUGGUUUUGGCUGGUGACUAUUUUUCGGGGCCCUUUGGUGGCGAUGCCUUUGCUAGCGGCAUUGCGGCAGCCGAGAGUGUGCGACGUGGCUUUUCUGGGGCCAGUACUUCAGAUGACAUGAUCAGCUGGCUGAGUAACGAUGCGGCCCCGGGUCAGCUCGACCUCUAAGACACUGCGUGUCCCU